UCAGUUUAUUCCUCCUGAUACAAAGCUAGACCUUUUAUGUUUGCACCUCAAAGGCAACCACAAUAACUUAAAGCAUGAUAUUAUCUCUCCUGAAAUUGUGGUUUUGUUUUAACCAAAUAGGUUUCUAAUUUUUCAAGAUCACUGAGCUCAAUGGAUUAAAAAUAGUCUGCAGUCCUCUGCCUAAUUCUUAUAGUUCAUGUAAAUUUGAAUACUUAUAUGGGAGAGGGGUUUCCUCCUCCAUUUCUAGUUCAGAUAACCUAUUACUUUAGGAAACAUAAUUUUGCCGGCCUCUGAGAGUCCCAGUACAGGAAAGGGCAAAUCCUGUAUAUCUUUAAGUUAGGCUAGUAGCCUUCUUUUUCUCAGGUCUCUACUCUACUGGCUGCUGGCCUUCUGCUGCUGCUGCUAUUCCUCUCAUCAUUGAUAGUCAUUGACCCCUGCUGCUGUGUGGCCUAGUUUUCCUUUUUACCUGACAUGAAACAGCAUUUAUCAACAUUAUUCUAUAUCUCUUUCAGAGGAAUAACAAAAAGUGGCUUUACUUUUUACUUUCAAAACAGCUUGACGGGUUUCUCAGCUGGCUAACCUGGGGCUUUUCAGUUUAUCCCUUUUUAUUUUCGUUUUCACCAUGAGAAUCCCCUCCAGUCUCACAUUCUGGCAAGCUAGUGGAUGCCUUAAUUUACAGUCAAAUUUGCUUUUUUCUAUCUAUAGCUAGUUUACAAAUUUCAUCUUUGCAAAGCUUCUGUGUCAGAUAUGAGUCUGGGCUCCCAAGAACUACUGUUUCGGCCUACCCUUUUACAUCAUCACUGCUAAACAGAUUUUUUCCCCCCAAUAUAUGUAUUUCAACAUUCUCUUCAGCCAUAUUGGGUGGAAAGCGGGGUGGAAGCUAUUUCUAGCAACAGCUCUCAAUUAGUAAUAAUCUGUUUCUUAAAGCUGCAGCGGCGGAGUGGGGUCUCCGUUACAAUUUCGAGCAUCGGCGUUGAGCAAUCCUUGCCUCAAUGCGACUUUGGUAAUUUAUUCUCCUCAGUCUCUUCAAGUCAAUACAAGGACAAAACACCUACCUUUCAGGAAGGGGCAGUAUGAAGACCAAACAAGCCAACAGAUAUUAAAGAGUCAAGAAAAAGUAGCCCAUUAUAAUUAGUUACUACGAUUUUUAUGAUUAUGCCCAGGCCUAACGCCAGGUUUGCCCUAGAAAUCGACAACACGCAGGAGACAAACGCCGCCAUGCCUACACCGGUCUCAUGCCUCACGCCAAGCCCUUCCACGCAGCCCUCAGUGCGCACGCGCUUUCGCAUCUUCAAGUCCCGCAUGCGCCCGUUGUCAGAGGACUCAGGCACACAAGCUAGGGGCGCACGUGCACGAGAGUAUCGCGCAGGCUCUGAAGCCCUAGGAAGGCGAAACGGGCGUCGUGGUCCAAGUCGGCAAUGGCUGAGGCUUCCCGGUGGCACCUAGGCGGAACUCCGAAACAUAAACUGCGUUACAGAGAGGACGUAGAAAUUAGAACCACACUUCAGGAGUUGUUACUGUACUCUAUUUUUUUAAUAAACUUAUGUAUAUCUGGUGAAGAAAGAACCAACUUUAAGUCUAUUCGCAGCAUAACUGACUUUUGGAAGUUUAUGGAAGGACCCCUUUUGGAUGGUCUGUACUGGGACUCAUGGUACAAUAAUGAGAAUCUGUAUGAUUUAAAGAAGAGCAGUCGCAUCUACUAUGAGAACAUACUUUUAGGACUCCCCAGAGUCCGUCAACUAAAAGUCCGCAAUGGCACAUGCAAGGUCCAUGCAUUCUUUCGGUCUUUGAUGGAUGAAUGUUAUGACAAAUACACUUCUAAAAAUGAAGAUAUGGCUGAUUUUGGCCUUAAACAGCAUACUGAAUGGAAGUACUCUUCUCCUCAUACGAACUCCCCUUGGCACUGGGGAUUUGUUGGUGUUUACCGAGAUGGGGGGUAUAUUUUCACUUUAUCAAAAUCAAAAUCUGAAACCCUAAACAAGUUCAUUAACCUCCGAAUGAACAGCUGGAUCACAAGAGGGACUAGAGUUAUUUUUAUUGAUUUUUCAGUAUACAAUGCUAAUGUAAAUCUAUUUUGCAUUAUCAGAUUGGUGGCAGAAUUCCCUGCAACUGGAGGAAUACUUACUUCAUGGCAGUUUUACUCUGUGAAGCUCCUCAGAUACGUUAGCUUCUAUGAUUAUUUUAUUGCUUCCUGUGAAAUUAUAUUUUGUAUUUUUAUUAUUGUCUUCACAAUUCAAGAAAUCAAAAAACUGAAAGAAUUUAAAUUUGCCUAUUUCAAAAGUAUUUGGAACUGGCUAGAAUUAUUACUUUUGGUGUUAUGUUUUUUGACUGUUUUCUUCAGCUUAUACUCUAAUAUGAAAAUUUAUCGCAUGCUUGGACAACUGUUAAGAAAUACUGAAAAAUAUUCAGACUUCUAUUUUCUUGCAUACUGGCACAUUUAUUACAAUAACAUAAUUGCCAUAACCAUCUUCUUUGCAUGGAUAAAGAUAUUCAAAUUCAUAAGCUUUAAUAAGACAAUGUCUCAGCUGUCAUCAACCUUGUCACGAUGUAUCAAAGACAUAAUAGGAUUUGCUAUCAUGUUUUUUAUAAUAUUCUUUGCUUAUGCUCAGUUAGGAUUUCUUGUUUUUGGAUCACAGGUUGACGACUUUUCCACUUUUCAAAAUGCCAUAUUCACGCAAUUUCGUAUCAUUCUUGGAGAUUUUAAUUUUGCUGGCAUUCAGCAAGCCAAUCGUAUCUUGGGACCCAUUUACUUCAUCACUUUCAUCUUUUUCGUGUUCUUUGUCCUGCUGAACAUGUUCUUGGCAAUAAUUAAUGAUACCUAUUCUGAAGUGAAAGCAGACUAUUCAAUAGGCAGAAGGCCAGAUUUUCAACUUGGUAAAAUGAUUAAAAAGAGUUACAACAAUGCUCUCGAAAAACUCAAACUAAAAAAACCUGGAACAGAUGAAGACAAGGAACGUACGGAAAACAAAGAUUUGGCUGAAAAAGCCAGAAGAGAAGGUUUUGAUGAAAAAGAGAUUCAAAGUGCAGAGCAGAUGAAAAAAUGGAAAGAGAGGCUUGAGAAAAAGUAUUAUUCUACAGAAAUUCAAGAUGACUACCAGACUGUCACUCAACAAGAAUUCCGAGACCUCUUUUUAUAUGCUGUGGAGCUGGAGAAAGAAUUACACUAUGUCAGUUUAAAACUAAACCGAGUGAUGAGGAAGGUUUCAGCUCUACAAUACUGA